GGACCAAUCCUAUCACAGCGCGCGAUUUCGAAAGUUUCCUAAUCCAAUCAUGUGGCAGCUUCAGUAGGUCUGGGUCUAUAAAUACGGAGCAGCAAAACACAUUCUCAGAUUCUGCCAUUUCUUUCUCUCCUGUAAGACAAUGGCUCGUACUAAGCAAACCGCUCGGAAAUCUACAGGAGGCAAGGCUCCUAGGAAGCAAUUGGCUACUAAAGCGGCUCGAAAAAGUGCUCCAGCUACAGGUGGCGUGAAGAAGCCUCACCGCUACCGCCCUGGCACCGUGGCUCUGCGGGAGAUCCGGUACCAAAAGUCCACUGAGCUCCUUGUUCGGAAGUUGCCCUUCCAGCGGCUGGUGCGCGAGAUCGCGCAGGACUUCAAGACCGACCUGCGCUUCCAGAGCUCGGCCGUGAUGGCCUUGCAGGAGGCCAGCGAAGCCUAUCUGGUCGGGCUGUUCGAGGACACGAACCUGUGCGCCAUCCAUGCCAAGCGCGUGACUAUCAUGCCCAAGGACAUCCAGCUGGCUCGCCGUAUCCGCGGGGAGAGGGACGAGUGGUUCUGGCGAGAAAAAACCUGGUUAACAAAUGGUUUAAUGGAAAAACUCAUAGCUUUUUCUUAUUCGAUUGCGAUGGCUCGUACGAAGCAAACCGCUCGUAAGUCUACCGGUGGCAAGGCGCCUCGUAAGCAGCUCGCUACGAAAGCUGCCCGUAAGAGCGCGCCGGCUACUGGCGGCGUGAAGAAGCCUCACCGCUACCGGCCCGGCACCGUGGCCCUGCGAGAGAUCCGGCGCUACCAGAAGUCGACCGAGCUGCUGAUCCGCAAGCUGCCCUUCCAGCGGCUGGUGCGCGAGAUCGCGCAGGACUUCAAGACCGACCUGCGCUUCCAGAGCUCGGCCGUGAUGGCCUUGCAGGAGGCCAGCGAAGCCUAUCUGGUCGGGUUGUUUGAGGACACGAACCUGUGCGCCAUCCACGCCAAGCGCGUGACCAUCAUGCCCAAGGACAUCCAGCUGGCUCGUCGCAUCCGCGGGGAGAGGGCAUAAACUAUUGGCGGUCUUUGAAAUACCGUACCCAAAGGCUCUUUUCAGAGCCACCCACAGUUUCCCUAAAUAACUGUAGCGCUCUUUCCUGUGCUGGUUUUUGGGGGUUUUUAAGCAUUUCAUUUCCUUUAUCUGCUGCUUUCUUGGGUUACUUUGCCACACGCUGCUCAGAA